AUGCAUGAGGGACCAACUGUUGCUCAAUAUCGAGCAUUGUUGCCCGGUUAUAGUAUUCAGCAUCCCAGUAACAAACCUCGUCAUGCACUUCUCAGAAUUAAAGAUGAACGAUUGCUUUCUGGCAGUGGCGGAGAUAUUGAAGUGAUUCAUCCUCUUGAGUUAGAACGAUCACAGAACACGGGCCUACCUGUGCGAGUCACCCACAUCGGAUUGUUCGGCGGCUUAGAUACGGUCCAAGGAAUAAUUCAACCUACUAACAGCGAUCAUGUAUUUGUUUAUGGACAACGACAUGCCAUUCUCAUCCACAGUAAUGAAUUGUUCGAAGGGACUGUCGUAGCAAAGGAGAGAAUCUUAGAACUACCUUCAGUCAUUGUUGCUGUCAAUGUUGAGAAAUUGGGUAAAACAGAGCUUCUUCUGACCUUUUUGCUGGAAACGGGUGUUUAUCAUUAUUCUUUGAGCUUAGACGAAGGUUCUCACUACGCUUGUCUUCUUUGCUUCAAAUGCACACGUCCGAUCCAAUCUGGUCUUCUUUGGCGUGAUAGUGGUUUGCUACACAUAGCCUAUUAUGAUGGUUAUAUUCGCAUUGGAAUUGUUAAUGAAGAUUAUGACGACAUGCUUCUGGUUAAGAGAUUAUCAAGCUGCCGUAACAACUUAAGUUCUUUGAUGGAGACGCUGUGCGUCGAGGUCGAACGUCUUACAAAUUUCGAAGAGAAUCAACGAGAGAAGAGAAUUGAAAUGUUUGAGAGGAUCAAAGCUCUACAAUCGAAGAUGCCAAGUCCAACUAAAACACCUGACUCUAAUGGAAGCACCGCGUCAGACGAAGACAGCAAUGAUGCUCACGUUGAAUUUGUUGAACUCAAAAUGGCAUUCAAGAAUCAAUCUAUUCGAACUGAUAGAAUUUCCCAUCGUUUGGUGUCACUGAGGAAGCUAAUGGCUUUACUAUUCAAAGCUACUAACUAUUCAGAGCAUUUGGACAAGACGAUACAAGGCUUAGAAGAAGAACUAUCGGAGUUAGCGAACGUUUCAAGAAUAUAUGAUGAGUGUGUAGCAACUGGGAAUGAAGCUUUGAUAAACAAAAGCAGAGGAGUCCUAGAAGAGAAGAAAUGGCGCGUAGAGGAAUUGAUGAUGAAAACAAACAUGGAUGAUGUUAGUAAUCUAAUUGGUGAUUGGGAUAAGAAGAUUUCUGAGAUCAUCGAGUCUUUGACAGGCAAAUUAGAUCCUCCAAAGGAUAUGCGAACUAUCCUCUGUCAUAGUAUCUAUGAGUUCCGAACAGAUCGAACGGAUCGUUUCACCCAUUUCUUACUAGAUCAUAGUGCUAGAGAUUUAACCUUGUACUGUAUGUCUGGUUUGAGUACUCUGGCCGUAUAUCCUAGAAAAGGGAUAAGAGUUGCUUCUAUUAGUCUUGAUCCGUCUUAUGAGACAACUCUCACUUCUGCAUGUCUGAUGACCCCACUUGAGGGUGUUUAUGUUGCGGAUGAUAAAGGAGUCUUCCCGAUCUACUUCAACAGACAAAGAGGCAAACCUAUGUCUCAUGCCAGGGAUAAACGUUACUUCGAUGCUGGAAAUCCAAUUUCACUUCCUCCUUUUGAUAACAUCACUUCCAUCUUGAUGGAAGACAGUGGUCUGGUUCUGGGAAGUAUCACAGGAGGCUUGCUUCAUUUGGCAUUCGACACAAAUCGCAAGUUUGAUCAUGUUAUCAUAGCAAGUUCAAUGCUCUCUCACCAUUUUUCACACGGUGUCAUUAAUGAUCUGAAGAUAUUAGCUGCUGGUGAAACCCAUCUAGCAAUUCAUGCUUCUAACUCUGAGGUUACAAUUUCUGAGAAAGACGUUGAUCGGUGGCAUCGCAUCACUGGUCACACUGGUGGUGCUCAUUGCUUGGCUGUAACUCCAUUUUCUCUUGAAAAUCGAGGAGCUUUUGUUGUAGUCGGCAGCACAACCUACGUGAGAAUCAAAGCUUUGCAAUACACAGAAGAUAAUAUGGUUGGUCUCCAUGAUCUCGGCGAGUCACGAGUUACUGAGGAUGGAACUGCUAUAGAAGUUCUGCAUGUUUCAUUAGACCCAUCAAUGGAGUUCCGCCCAAUUCCAUGCAAACUGAGAUAUGCCAUAGCAUAUGCGGACAAAGCAAUCAGAACCUAUGUUGCGAUUUUAUCGGGAGAGCAUGAGUUUGAAGUUAGCGAGAAGUUUAUAGCACAGAUCGAACCUCUUCAUCACGUCAAUACGAUGAUUUGCUUCCAUGGACGACCAAUGGGAUGCUAUGUUAGCAAUUCCAAGAAGCUCCAAAUAUGGAAUGAUCUUGAUCGUCACCAACAGAAGAAGAUGAAGAGUGAGAGAAUGGAAUUGAUGAAAAUGGGAGACAUUUCAAUUGUUACAAUGGAAAGGGUUGAAGGAAGAUCUUGUUAUCUUCUGAUUGCUUAUAAAGACAAUUCUAUCGAAGUUUACGAAGAACGUGGCAAAGGAACUGGAAAGAUCGAAAAAUGCGGUGCUAUCCCAGCCAUAUCCACAGAAGGGGUGACGCUAACAGUUACACGAACCCGUAUAAGUAGUACGUCUAGAGGUGAUCGUUUAUUUUUACAUACCAUACUUGGAAAUAAAUUAUUUAUUCAUACGAUUCUAAUUGAAGCUGGAAAACUGACACAGUCCGAACCAGUUCUUAAUACUGUUUUAUCAUUAAAUACUGCUAGCUCUUUGGAACUCUUACCUUAUAAACCGUACGAAUUUAUAUUAUUUGGAAAAGGUAUUCAUAACCAUCGAUUAACUGAAGAAGAACGAAAGGCACUGGAUAAAUUCAGGGAUUUUGAAUUUUAA